AUGUCCGGGAUCUUUGGCGGCAACGCCCUGCACAAAGCGGCCAAGACGAAGGAUUGGUCUCAAUUCAAGGCACUGUGUUCGGAACAUCCGAGUCAACUGCUCGAACGAGACGAAGGGUUCAAUACUCCAUUGCAUUCUGCCAUUGCCAAUGGGAUUCCUUCCGAUGUGCUGAUAAAUGCCAUUCGUAUUGAUGCUCGGUUGGUUCGUCUCAAGGAUCGAGACAAGAACACACUCCUCCACAAAGCCUUCGAAUAUGGCAUUGGACGCACAGCCGCCCUCAAGUUACUGCGUGCGGGACCUCAGAUAGCCGCCACGCAAAAGAACGAUGAAGAUAAAACGCCCGUGGAAGUGGUGGUCGAUGCCAAGUUGCCGUCGGCCUUUGGCUACAGCCUGGGGACUACGUGGAUUCACUACAAGGACGAAUAUCCGGCCGUCUUGGAAUGCGUACAAGAUGCCAGCCAAUGGAAAGACGGAGAACCCGUCGAACGAGUUGUCGCCUACGUGGGAGUCCCCAUGGACCCGGAAAUCAAUGCCAUGAUUGGACACGACUAUACGUACUGA